AUGGUGCAUCAUCAGGACUUCACGCCAUAUGGCAUUGCAGGUGAGGCUGGCAUGAGUGAUCCAGCUCAAGCUGGCACAGCAACAUGUCUCUCAGACAAUAAUGACUUGGGUUCCCUCUUCGAGGAUUCCCAAGAUGAGCAAGCUUACCCCAUUUCAGAGCAAGGACUCGCUAAUACCGACGGGCCCGAAGACCGUGAGAGCCAAGCUAAAUAUGCUUACCCUUCACUUGAGCAGGCGCGUGCCAUCCAGGGCUACUCCAAUGAUAAAUUUUGGCAUGGUAAUGAUGCAACAGCUCCAGCUCCAGCUCCAGCUCCAGGACAUGCUGCGAGUGGGAUGGGCUUCAUCCAGUCUGCUUACGAAAACUUCCAGCAGCCCUUCGUUCCCGACUCGUACCAGAAGCGCAAACGUGUGGGUGAAGAUAAUGGAGAUAAUCGCGAGCUGGAACAUUCAGCGUCGCCUUUGCUCAAAUGCCGUAAGACCAAGCCUUCACCAGAAGAGGACCAGCUGGCUCGAGAGAGUGAGAUGUGGGCGCCUGGAGAGGUCGCGAAGGAAGACAAGCCACGCACAACAGGGGCCAUUGCCGAUGCGAGAGAACUUGGCACUCACUUAGCUGCUCCCCGAUCCGAACUUCCGACCAAGCGCUCCCAUCACAAGAGGUACCCGCAUGUAUCAAGGUCAGCAAUAUGCGCCUCUCUAGAGCUGACUACCGAGGCCUUUGGGCUCCUACAAGCUGGUGCGAAAGCAUUCAUGCUAGAUCCCAAAUUUCCCAAACGAAGUGCUUGCGUAGGAACCCGCGGAAAGAAUGAGACCGAACGUACCGGGUUGGACCUUUUGACAGUUGUUGAUGAAUUUUUGGACGACGAGGGAUGGGGCGAGAGAUUGUUUUCAGAAGGAUCCAUAGGAGAAGAAGGCGAGGCAAGAAAGCUCACAUGGCCCAAGAUGAAGAUGAAACUCCGCUCACUGGUAAUACCUGUGGUGCGCGUUGCGGUCUCUAAUGAGAAGGCAAGACUCUAUGGCAUAGAGAGUAGGCGCAAACAGCGAACUUCAGUGACUUCGGCAGAAGUUACCCCACAGCCAGACCGUGCCAGACUUGAAAGCGUUACUCCAGCACCCACUCGAAAUGGCGCUGACGUGAAACUCGAUGACAACCAUUCGACAGUCGAUGCCAAAGGAUACGAGCUUCCGCAUUCGUUCGCUGUCGGAAGUCCAGCAUCAAGCAAUGGUACCCAUAUCCGAUAUCUUGUGAACCUCAUGCAACAUGGUCACCGGCUCGUGCCAGAGAUCACACCGGCGCCAAACACUUGUCUAGGGUUUCCUAGCUUGGUUGAGUACAUAAACCGCUUGAUGGACACCGCAAGCAAAGAGGUGAGCAGCAUCGAUUUUCUGGUCCCAACGGGCAUGGUGAACGUGAAGAACGAGGAAGACUGGAAGGGUGCUAUCGCUUCGAUUGAGCAGACGGAGUGGAUGAAUGGAGAGGUGAAGUGCGUGGUCGUGGUGAUCGAUAAGGAACAGUGA